GAGUGAAAAAAAUGUUUGGCCUCCGCGGCGUGCGUGACAUGUCGAUGAUGUUUUUGAAUUCUCAGCGCUCGGGAUCCGCGGGAGAUCAGCUGGACCGUCUCGGAAGAUUCUUGUAAACAAAGGUAACCCGAUACAUUAUCGUGCGAUCCAGCUGAAAAUCGGGGAGAGAUGAGCGAUAACGCAACCUGUCGCUCCCCGCGCGGCACCUAACCAACAAGCCGAGCACGAACAUGAACACCCUCACGCGAUGUCCCGGUAUAUACUGCGGCCGGGAGCUGCUGCCGGACGGGAAUUGGAGCGAAUGCGGCGCUUGUCCUCGCGGUUUUCGCGUCAACGCCUCUUCGGCGUGCAUACCUUGCGACGACGCGCCCAUGUUCUACGACUGGCUCUACCUGGGCUUCAUGGCCCUGCUGGUGCUGGUGCUGCACUGGUUCUGCAUCGACAAGGUCUCCAAGCGCCGCAACAUACCCAAGGAGGUGAUCGCUCUGCAUUUGUCAGCGUUACUCGAGGUACUGCUGGCAUCCCUUAUAGCGUUACAACUGACGGACCCCAUCGGUACGUUCACCAUUAAGUCGUGCAGCGCAAAGAGAUUGUCCGACUGGUACACGUUACUGCACAAUCCCAAUCCUAAUUAUGAGGCGACACUACAUUGUACACAGGAAGCGGUCUAUCCGUUGUAUACUAUAGUCUUCAUUUUCUACGCCCUAGGAGUAAUUCUGAUGUUAUUGAUAAGGCCGUUAAUAGUUAAGAAAUUUUUGCCAAAGCAAGGCAAGCUCUCUAUCUACGCAGCUCUGUACUUCUACCCAAUCCUGGCGUUGCUUCACGCAAUAGGUGGAGGUCUGAUAUAUUACUCAUUCCCGUAUAUCACCAUCAUUUUAUCAAUUCUGUCGAAUGCAGCGCAUUUCGCCUUCAAACUAAAUCAGAGGAUGAAGUCGUUGUUGCUGAGUUCCGUUUCGGAUAUAAAAAAUGUGAUAGUAAUUUUGGGCCAUUGGCUGUUGCACGCAUACGGCGUGAUAGCAAUCGCUACUCUUCGCGGGAUCAGCAUUCAUCCUGCGAUGUUAGCUUUAGUGCCGUUACCCGCUUUGUUUUAUAUUAUUACUGCGAGAUUCACCGAUCCGCAUAAGCUCAAUAUUGAAUGAAGUGAGUUUUGUAUGUCUUUCAUGCGAAUCUUACACGUCUCUUGUAGAUCUAAGAUACUGUCUUGUAUAAUAUAUCUAAAAUAAUAUAUCUGUACCUUAAUGAA